CGCAGUGUCUAUUAUAUAUAGAAAUUAGAAGUGUUGUUCUUGGCUAAAAUGCACAAAUUGUGUCAGUUGUUUCUGUGAUAAAUGUGUUGCUUAAUGCGUAAUUACCGUACACAUAUUUGUCACUGCGAGUCAUCAUGACUGGUUCCUUUACCGGCGGUGAUAUUUGAAACUUUUUUUUUUUUUAAAUCGACCGACGUGGAAAACUGCGAUUCUUACAGAAGCAAGAACCUGAAAGUAAUGUUAAUGUAACCCUAUUUAAAAAAAAGGGUACACUUUAGUUUUAUUCCAAGUUUUGUUGGCGUUUUUUUUUUUUUUUUUUUUUUAAAUAAGAAAAUAAAAUGGCAAGACAAGGAAUUAAUAAACAUCACAAGGUAGUGUCUUCAGGGAGGCUUGUUGGCUCUGCCAAGGCACCAGUAGGAAACAGAAGGGUGGUUGGGAGAAAACCCUCUGCCGCCUCUGUAGAUUCUGGUUACUCUCUGUACUCCACAGACUCCGAAGACCAGGUUACAACUAUACAUAAAGGACUUGACCGCUGUGCUGCUUUAUUACAAGGCAUUCUGCAGACUGAAAAAUCUGAUGUAAAGCCUUCAUGUUCAAAACCAGGAAAGGUAACUGCUUCAAAACUCAAAACAAAAGUAACAUUUGGUAUAGGAGAGAAUGGUAGAAGGAAAGACAAAACUGGUUCUGUAACUCGGAAGGGAGCAGUGGAAAAGGUUAACCUGUUUUCCAGUACAAACCCUGUAAUGAAAGAAAAGCGCGGUUUAAAUACAGCACAGUCUCCAAAUGGUCCUUCAGUGUGCAUCCCGGUCCCUCAGCCCUCUCCUGAGGCUCAACCAGCCCUGUCUGAUGAUGUUCAAACACAGAUGUCUUUACUGAACUGCCAGGCUGCAAUACAUGGUGCUCCCCCUACUCAACCAGUAUAUGCAGGUGCAGAUCCAGGAAAACAAAAUUCAACUGUAUUUAACCGUCGCUUGACAACUUCCACACCUGCUUUGUCACCACAACAUUCAGUUAAUCCACUGUGUAUUCCGACUAGUGCGUCCAGUGAUAUACACAGCCAUGGAUCUCCAAAAGGAGGGAUCAACUACUUUCCUGUAUAUGCAGGUCCAACUACAGCGGUCCCAUCAAUGCAGCCUGCCCAUACAGCUCCAGCUGUGUUUACAUUCCCACCACCUGCUGUCUCUAGUGGAAAUGAAGUGCAGGGUGUACCCCAGCAACUGUAUGGCACUGAAGCAGGCUUGGGGCAGUCAAACCAUCAGCUGUUAAAGGAGCAGGCGUUGUUUAGACAUCUUUCCCAUCUUCGACAGCAAGAGGCAGAUAACCGUCAACCUGCUGUGCCUAUUAAUUCACAAACUCGGAUCCAGCUUUCGUGUGGCGAAUCCGAAUCUGAGCACAGUGAAGGAACCACAAGCGAAGAUGAUGACCUGGACUGUGUAGAUAUCACACCAGUGAAAGACACAAGCUGUCAAACCAGCUUUGAUAACCAGAGGCUUCUAAGGACUAAGAAGAUGAGCCCGGAGCAGACUAGGAAGAAAGUUACGACUGUAAAAUAUCUCUUAGGAGAACUAAAGGCACUUGUUGCUGAUCAAGCUGACUCUGAAGUUCACCGGCUGAUAACAGAGGUGGAGGAGAGUGUGUCUUUGCUACCUACCAUGGUUGGAAGUACAAACGUGCAGGCAGAAAUAGCUUUGGCUCUGCAGCCCCAGCGAAGUGAGAAUGCACAGUUGCGCAGACGACUGAGAAUAGUUAAUCAGCAGUUAAAGGAGAGAGAGAGAGCAGAAAAAGAAUCCAGGUCUAUGGACUGCAAUUUUGAGAUUAUUUCACUGCAGUCCAUGAACAUGACACUGCAGACCCAGCUAAAGGAGGCCCACAGGAGUGUGGAACUGCUACAGAAACAGAAUGAAGAGCUGCUUAAAGUGAUUGAUGAUCAGAGAGAGAAGAAUAAACACCUGUUGACAGUGAUGCAGGAAAAAGAAGUGCUGCUGCAGAACAGACAGCAGUACGAGGUGGACACAACCAGGGUCAGGAUAGAUGUGGAUGAAGCUUUGUCAAAAAUGAAGAGUUUUCAGUUUAAAUUUGAGGCAUCGGAAAAGGAAAAUCAAAUUUUAAGUACAAGUCUUCAACAGCGUGAUGCUGAGGUCAGCAGACUGCAAGAGUUAACCAGAACUUUGCAGGGCAGUAUGACCAGACUUCUUUCAGAACUCAGUACGGACAAUACCAGAUCCAAAGCAGGAUCUUGCCUUACUAAAACUAUUCUGGAACUCUAUGAAAACCAACAAAAGGUUGGCUUAGCAUCAGAUCCUGUCACAAAUUCAGUACAACUGUUCCUCAACACAUUAGAGACUGACCAGUGGGGUUCAUCACCAAUCAACACCGCAUCGUCAAACAAAAACUCAAACUUGGAAAGUAUUUAUUGUCAUUCCAGUGGACCUGCAGGCACAUCAUGGAACAAGGGCAGCACUAUAUCCUCCUCUGAAAGAUUCUCACCAAGCAACCAAGGCAGUAUCAAAAGGCAAGUUGCAGAAUCUGAAAGUGAUGCUUCCUUUACUUUAUGUGAUAAACCAAAACUGGAUGAGACCACAUAUGUUCCAGUUAUCAGCAGUUCAAAGAAACAGGCCCUCGAGGUGUGGAAGAAAACCCCUCCUUUGCAAUCUGACAGCGUUUUAAAAAGAUUUAAUUAUGGUAAUGAAAUCCAUGCAUUUGAAUCAGUUCAAUGUGAUGAAUCAAAACCCUUAACUAAUGCCUUUGAGAAGUUAACCUUUUCCAGAAUCGAGCCUUUUUCAUACAUAUCAGGUGAAUCAAAUGCACCAGAAACUUCAAGUCAAGUUGCAAGCAGCAUUGAAGGUUCGAUUCCAGUAAGACCUUUAGGUACAAUGGACAUUUUUCGUACCAGCAUCACGGAAAACAAGAGAGAUAUGCCUCAGAUAAAUAAAUGGUCUCGUAGCUCUUUGCCGCUUCAAAGAAACGUAGGGCAGAUGUACAAAAGCAGAACAUCAGCAGUUGACUCAACUUUUUCAACCUUUGCUGGAGAGUCAGUAAAUUCAGACUGGAGCCUGAUGUCUGCAUCCACAUUUAACACUGGUGACGAACAGGACUUCAGAAAUGGACUUGCAGCUCUGGAUGCCAGUAUAGCUAACUUACAAAAAACUAUACAGACUGAUCUCAAGAGAUAACAUGAUUUUAAUUUUUUUUUCGUAAGGAAUGUAGAGAAAUCAAUUUUGAGCAGUAAGGUUUGUAGUGUGGAUAUAUUUGUUUUUGUAUGAAAAAGUGCAACAAUCAGUGUUUUAUGAUUAAUUUAAUUAUGGAAAAAUCUAUAUAAUAAAGUUAAA